AUGACCCCAUUUAACGUGGAUUUACAAGAUCUUGCCACCGGUACAAAGGCUAUGGUACAGUUUCGUCAACUUGGUAGUGCUAUUGGACUCUCAAUAGCCUAG